AUGGCAAGAAGGUGCAGCAAAGAACUGUUGGUGCUCUGUGUGUUCAUGGCUGCGUUCAGCUGCAUUGCUGCAUCUCCAGACGUCUGCACCAGUUCCUUCCUGCCUGGAGCUAAAGGAGAUCUAGGUGAGGCUGGAGAUGAGGGAGAUCAAGGGAAACUGGGGAAGAAUGGACCACCAGGAUUUCCAGGAGUGUCAGGAGAGGCAGGGCUUAAAGGAGAAGUGGGCAACACGGGGAAGAGGGGACCUAAUGGAGACAAAGGCAACAAAGGCGAUACAGGUUUGGAUGGUCCUUCUGGUUUUAAAGGCAAACCAGGCACUACAUGUGACUGUGGCAGGUACAGGAAGGUGGUUGGACAGUUGGAUGUCAGUACAGGCAAGCUGAAGAACGCUGUCAAGUUUGUGAAAAAUGUCAUCUUGGGGCUGAAGGAAACAGAAGAUGGCUAUUACCUGCUAGUGAAGGAGCCCAAGAGGUUCAGAGAGGCUUCAAUGAACUGCAAACUAAAAGGAGGCACCCUGGCCAUGCCAAAAAGCAGAAACGCCAACCGCCUCAUGGCAGACUAUGUCAGUCAGGCAGGACUGACAAGAAUCUAUAUAGGAGUGCAGGCUCAAAACCAAGACACAAAUGGAACAAGUGGUUAUGUUUAUGUGGACUCCAGCCCCCUGCAGGGAUUUGCAGCCUGGAGUCAAGAGGACGAGCUAGAUUCCACAUUAUCUCCCACCACAAACUCCAGUUGUGUGGAGCUGCUCAGCACUGGAACAUGGGGUCAUGUGGAGUGUAACGCCACCAUGUUCUUCAUCUGUGAGUUUCCAAAGAGCAAGAGAAGAAGAGGAGGAGGAGGAGACAGAGGAACAUCUUCUCCUGCACCAUUAUGA